AUGAUGGACGGCUUCUUUUUGCUGAAAACAGGAAGGGCCAGAAGACGGCCCGACGGAAAGUCGACAGCUGUUCCCAACAUGCCAUCUGCUCUUUAUCCAUCCGGUCCGCUUCUCCAACCUCACAGCUCUUUCGCUGCAUUCUGCGGCCCUGGGCGGCCUUCCCUCACUUGCCUCGCAUCUCCUCCGAAAGCUUCUUGCUUCCCUUCCCUCAGCAUCGAGCAUUCAAUUUUUUUGAGAAGGGAACUACGCCUUCCUCACUAUUUCGCCAGUCCCUCCAUGUUCACUUCCAGCCAUGUUCUUUCUUUCUACGUGUCUUUGUUUAUUCAACUUGUCCCAGGACUGCUCCCGAUGAAUAAUUUGUAAAAGUUUCACCUGAAAGUUAGAAUGGAAGUUUUUGAAUUUGUUGACCACCCGAAAGCAUUUUCACAACCCUAAAAGACAUUUUAUAUUCUGUCUCACGCUUUUUGUUUAACUAUAGGAAUUUAUAUGGCCGCACGCAUUUUUAGGACUUGGGCCGUGAGACUGAAAAUUAUGGGAUUGAUUGCGGUCAUAAAAUAUGUAGGACUUGGCUCGCAGCGCUCGAUUCAUCGCACUUGGCUGUUUUCUGUUUGCAGACCUUGCCAUAUAAAUUGCUCGCUCAGCUCCAAAGUUUCUUUCUUUUCUUCCAUUCAGUCAUUCAUAAACUCGCCUUUUUCAGACAAUGUAACUCACUUUCGUCGGCCCCUCCGAAGAGGGAUAUCGACUGCGGUGUGCAACUUUUGAAAAUAGUGCAAAGUGAGUUGGAAGCAUUUUUUAUAGCUCAGUUAUGAGAUAUUUCUGAAGACGAGUUUGAAAAUUUUUUGAAGCAAAGUUCAAAGUUGAGAUUAAAGGUCGACGUCGAAUCAUCAAAAAUAAGUGUUAAUUGUCGUAGAUAAAUGUCAACUUCUUUCAAAACGGAAGUUCCUAAUAGCUAUCCUUGCAAAGUUGUAUUUAACUGAGUUUAAAAAAAAAUGGGACAAAGGUGUGACGUAUAUCGAGUUUGAACGAUUACCUUUGUCAGAAAGGCUACAAUCGCAAUUAAAAACUGGACGUAACAAAGGAAAAAAAAAAGAGAUUUCAGGUAGUAUUUAAAAAAAACAUCCCCUCACUUUUCUAAUCAAUCUGAGAAGGCGACUUUGCAGAUUUUUUGGCUUUGUGA